AUGGAAAAAAACAGGACUCCUUCCUCCUGCGACACAGCCAAAGAGAGAGUGGACAGUGUGGAUCCGUAUGGCUUUGAGCGUCCAAAAGACUUUGACUACGAGUCAUAUGAAGAGCUGAUGUCGGAGUAUCUUGUGGUGCUCACUCAAAGGUCCAUCAAGUGGUCUAAACUAUUGAAGCGCAAACACAAGGUGCAGAGGAAUGUGAAACUGAAGCGUUAUAUACGUAAGGGGAUACCGAAUGAGCAUAGGGCUCUGAUCUGGAUGGUGGCUAGUGGAGCUCAAGAGCAGUUGGAGAAGAAUCCAGGCUACUACCAGACCCUGCUUGGUGCCCAACAUGACCCCAAAGUGGUGGAGACCAUCUCUACAGACUUGAACAGAACAUUUCCUGACAAUGUGUUGUUUCGGAAGACCUCCAACCCGUGUCUACAGAAAGCUUUGUACAAUGUGCUGCGGGCUUACGGUCAGCACAAUGCAGCUGUGGGUUAUUGUCAGGGCAUGAAUUUUAUAGCUGGGUAUCUGCUCAUCAUAACAAAAGAUGAAGAAAAAUCUUUCUGGCUGAUGGAUGCACUCCUUGGCAGGAUUUUACCAGACUACUACAGUCCAGAAAUGCUUGGCUUGAAAACGGACCAGGAGGUGUUGGGGGAGCUGGUGAGGGUUAGGUCCCCUAAGGCUUGGAAGGCCAUGGUGGAUCACAAUGUUAUGUGGACUCUCGUAGUGUCUCGAUGGUUCAUUUGUCUCUACAUAGACAUUCUUCCCGUUGAGACAGUUCUACGAAUUUGGGACUGCCUUUUCUAUGAAGGUUCGAAAAUCCUGUUCCGUGUCGCACUGACACUCAUUCAUCGCUACAGAAAUCUAAUUGAACAAGCCCAAUCCCUGCCAGACAUAUGCCAAAUUUUCAAACAGAUGACACGCGGUCCAUUUGUGGAUGAAUGCCAUCCUUUCAUGCAGAAAAUCUUCACUGAACCUGGAAGUCUGUCUAAUGCAACGUUGACUAAGCUCAGAGCAGUCUGUCGGGGACAUAUCAUUUCUGCGGAAGCAAAAUGA